GUGUCCUCGGUGAGGCUCGAGCAGCCCAGAGGGGACCCAACCUCUAGAGACCUCCAAGGUCACUGGGGACACCCCUCCAGGACCCUCCAGGAAGCUCUGAUCCCUUUCUCUCUCUUGAGGGAUCAGCAUGGCAGACGAGAGCGAUGCGGCUGGGGACCCUCAGCCGGCACCAGCCCCUAUCCGACGCCGCUCCUCUGCCAACUACCGAGCCUAUGCCACGGAGCCACACGCCAAGAAAAAGUCUAAGAUCUCCGCCUCGAGGAAACUUCAGCUGAAGACUCUGAUGCUGCAGAUUGCGAAGCAGGAGAUAGAGCGUGAGGCAGAGGAGCGACGUGGAGAGAAAGGGCGCGUUCUGAGCACUCGGUGCCAGCCUUUGGAGUUGGAUGGGCUGGGCUUUGAAGAGCUUCAGGUACCAGCUCAGAAAGCAGGGAUUCCUGCCGACAAGCAAUACAGACAGCGUUACAACAUCCAAAGCUCAGUAGGUAAGGGGAUCUCCAUGUGGGCCCCAUGUGGUCGUCCCCAGAUCGCAGAUCUGACCCAGAAGAUCUAUGACCUGCGUGGCAAGUUUAAGAGGCCCACCCUACGAAGAGUAAGGAUCUCUGCAGAUGCCAUGAUGCAGGCUCUGCUGGGGACCCGGGCCAAGGAGUCCUUGGACCUGAGGGCCCACCUCAAGCAGGUGAAGAAGGAGGACAUUGAGAAGGAAAACCGGGAGGUGGGAGACUGGCGCAAGAACAUCGACGCGCUAAGUGGAAUGGAGGGCCGCAAGAAAAAGUUUGAGGGCUGAGCCCACGGGCUCCCACCCUUCGCUCCGACGAUGUCCCUGAGGAAUAAACCUCUCUG